AUGGCCCUUCUCCAAGAAGAUGGAAGUCCGGCCGUGGUUGGCCAGACCGUGGGCUACUGGCUGGAUGGCUCAGACUUUGUCUUUGGUGGCCAAGACCACGAGGAAGACGACAUUCUGGAAGUGGGUCCUCACACUUUUCCGCGUGACUGGCCCGACGUCUACGCGGAGAGCGACGCGCUGCGGUCGCUGCUUCGGCGCCGUGGGCCCUGCGCGUCGAAGCGCGUUAGCGUGGUCCCGCUGCCAGAAGAGGAGCAUCUCUCAUGGGCCGAUGGCUUAGAGGUAUUGCCGCUCCAGAGCCGACACAAUGCAGAGGCGGCUGCUGCGAGGGCAGGAAAACGCCUGACCGUUGUGGAAGGGUGGGCCAUUUACGACCUCCUGGAUGAUGUGACGGGGGCAGCCUUUCUGGCAGAGAGGUACUGGUGGAAUGCCGCAGAAGAUGGCACUUGGGUGGACUAUAGCCCGCGACCUGAGAACAUGGAGCAAAUCCUUCUAGCCGAAGCUUUGGUGCCGGAGGAAGCUCGGGAGGCGACCGUCUUGUCGGCCGAAGUGCAGGGCUUGGCCGAGCACUUGGCGAAGCUGCGCUUUCCGAAGGCGCAGCGUAUGGGCCUUCGUUCCUGGCGCGUGACAGCUCCGGAGCCAGGGAAAUCUCCGAUCUCUGGCACGGGCGCAUCAGCCACCUCAGGCACAGUGGCGAAGGCCUCAGAAGAAAUGCCCGCCAAAGAUGCACAAAUCGCAGAGGUGUUCAGGGAAGAAGAGAAAGACUCCGAAGACUUCCCGAGCGGACGCGCUCCUGACACUCCUGGAGAUCAGGAGGCACCGCCGCCGCCCUUGCCGCCACCGGCAGAGCAUUUGCCAGAGGCUACAACGAGCCCGCCGAAACAGGAAGCACAUGAGGUGGCAAAGAUCCCACCUCUGUCAGCGGAGGAGUCGCGGGCAAUCCUGAAGCGAAUCAGGGAAAGUGACUUCACUGCAAUGGCUGAAGCUACGGAAAGAGCUGAGGACGACGAGUCCUGUAUCCGACUCAUCACAACAGGCCUCUCUGGCGCCCUUGUGCAGCCUUUGCGCCGGGGUGCCACCCCUGCGCUCGCCCUCCUUGCACUACUGGCACGGAGGUCCAUGGAGAUGGCUCCCGGAGGUGUGCAGCACAAGACCGUCGCCGAGUCGCUGAUGAGCGCCGACGGGCUCCAGCCUUUGGUCGACGCAGUGACCGCGCCGGACAUCCGCAAGGCAGCCCUAGCAGCUGAAGCGCUGGGCCGCAUCUGCUAUCGGCACCCGGUGGUGCAGGCGCGCGCCGGCCGGGCUGGAGCAAUCAGGUCCCUGGUGCGCCUGCUUGGGCGGCGCGCCGAGGGUGCUGCCAAAGAGGCUUCCUACGCCCUUUGGAACAUCCAGGUCGGGCAACGCGAUCACGCUGCCAUCGCCUUCCGCGAGGGCGCGGCCGCGGUCCUGUUGCCAAUCCUUUCGGCCACGCUGGAUGAAGAGGUGCUCAUCAAUGCUUUGGGUGCCCUGACAUCCUUGCUGAUGGCCGGAGGUGCUCAAGAGGCCAUCGGUGCCAACGGCGCUGUGGAGGUGCUGUGUGGUUACCUCGAGGAUUGCCAUUCGCUAGCGGUCCGUGAGCGGGCGGCUGCGGCACUGGCCAACCUUCUAAGUGGUCAUGGGGAGAACUGCCGGAAGGCAGUCUACCGCUCCAUGGCCAUUCCGCGCCUGAUGCACUUUCUGGAGGUGUCUCCGGAAGGCGAGCCGCCCAGCCUCCUUGGGGCCGAAAACGCCGCAGCCGCCCUGGCGAACAUCAUUGCCACCUCAGGGCCCAUGGCUGCCCAGACUGCUGUGGACGCCGGGAUUCUCCAGGUGCUUUCCAAGUUGCUCCAGUCAUCUGUACGACCGGCACAGGUUUUCGGCCUGUUGGCCAACUUGUGCUGGCAGAUGCCGGAGUUGGCAGUGGAAAUCUACCACAUGACCCCGAUCCAGAGAGUGGUGGACGUGCUGAAGCCGCACGAAGACCAACCUCCAAGGGGCCGCAUGGCUGCACUGGCCUUGGCAGCCAACCUUGCAGCCCAGAGCUCCGCGAAAGCCAGGUUGCUGCGGGCCGGUCUGCUGAAGCCCAUGGUCACAGCCAUCGAGAGUUCUACAGAUCCGGCCCUCAAGGAACAGGCCGCUGUCGGCCUGGCCAACCUCCUGGAAGAUAGCCCGGAGAGUGUAGCAAAGGUUUUCCUCGAGAUCCCGGACUUGCCAAGAAGGCUUGCCUUUCUACUCACGAACAAGAAGCAGCCACUCGAGACAAACACGCGACGGCACCUGGCUCGGGCGAUUGCGCUACUCGCUUCGCGAGAGGCUUCGCGCGUCUCGGUGGCAGCAUCUGGGGCCCCAGAGGCACUUCUGGCAUUGACAGACCAGGGCAGCCUCGCCAAAGAGGCUUCUCGAGGCCUUCUGAACCUCGCACCCGUGGCAAAAGACCGUGACAAGCUGCUCAAGAAGGGCAUCCUGCCAAAACUGGUCACCCUGCUCCGCUCCGCGGAGGCCCGGGAUGUAGCCGCAGGUGCCCUGGCGAAUCUCACUGCCGGCUCCAAAGCUGCAGCAGUGGAGGCUGCGCGGCUCGGUGCGCUGAGCCUGCUCGCAUCGCAGCUGAAAGAGGCAUGUGAAUCAAGGGGCGAGGACGCCACCUUCGAGGUCCUGGGCUCGGCUGAAAACGAUGCCCCUGUUUGGAUUCUGGCAGCCAUUGCCCACAUCGUGGACCUCGUGGAUACUCCGGGAGCGCGGCGGGAUGCAGGUGCAGCUGUCCCGUUCAUGUGUCGGCUGACAUGCCAGGGCGAGGGCACCGUGAAGGCGGUGCAGGGGCAGUGGCCCACUCAAGACAAACGGAGGUUGUCCAGGCUCAUCAUCUGCACGUACCUGCAGCAGACUGGACUGCGCACCAACUUCAACUUGGGGCCAUCUUACCGAGACGUAUCAUACCGCAACGACUUUGGAUACUCUGACGAGACCAUGCAGCUGAUGAACUGCACCUUUUUUGUCCAAGACUUGAAUGGACCCACCAUUUCAUGCCAGUGCUGCAUUUUCGCGGCAUUGUUUCGUUCUGCAGCGGAUGACAUUCACCCAGCCCAGUACAGUCAAGACUUCAGGGCAGGGGGUGGUCACACGACAGGUGUGAAAGUUUGGGCGGAUAGGAAGGUGACGAACUAUGGGCUGGUUGGCGUCGAGCCGCCUUUCGCUCCAGGCUGCAGCAGCUACAUGGCCACUGACUUCAUGCAGGCCUGGUGCUCGAGUCAAAGACAAGUCCAAGAUGGCUUUUGGCAACAAUUCCCUGUGAGCCCGGCUCCCAUUUCUUCAAUGACCCCAAGACCAGCGGGUCCAGGAAUUCCAGGAAUUCCAGCACUCAGUGCGGGCAGCCAUGGGCACCCCGAGAUGUGUCAUCGCCCAUGUGUCUACAUGAUGAAGUCGGGCCAUUGUCACCUUGGUUCGUUCUGCGACCACUGCCAUUUGCCUCAUGCGGGUCCCUCUCUUCAAAAGUUGGACAAAAAGCAGCGCAUCAAGUUGAAGCAGAUGCGCCGGGAGGACGUUAUGGCCUUGCUCUUACCUCACAUCCGCCAUCGCGCAGCUGCAAGCGGCCUCGCUUUCCAAACUCGAGAGCUCAUGCAGCUCUUAGAGGAGGAGAAGGAGAAGUCGAGGUCGUCUGAUUCGGAUGAAGAGGGUUCACAGCUCCUUCCUCGUGAAAUUGACCGAUUCAAUCACGUGUUGUCUCGGUUGCCGUUCUCGGCUUUGGCGGCUCGGCUGGUGAAAAUCUUUCCGCACAGUUGCCCGGACAAGGUUAUCGAGCUAUUCGAGAGGUUGCGCUUUGUGCAGUCCAAUGGUGGCCAACCGGUUGCCAUUGCGAGCUCAGGUGGGGGUCUGCGUGUGCGAUUGUAG